GAAUGAUUGAUUGAAAUCAUCAUCACACAGAGGGACGGCCUGGCCUGCCUGUUCGGUCCAUGUAUCGUCUCGUAUCGCUAUGUAUGUCAUCCAUCGGGUCUUUCUUUCUCAGCCAUCAAUCAGACAUCUGUCCCCCCACUCCCCCGCACACUCACAUCGACAGCCUAACCUUAUCGAUCUGUCACCACUCAUCAUCCCUCGCUAGAACGCUCCCCCUGUUGAUGACGUCACUCUCGAGACCGAAUCGCCGCAGCACACCACACCACAGGGGCAUCGAAAUGGGAUAGCGGACAGCGAGCGGCUGAGGCCAAUUGGCGACAGGUGCCUCGGUCGUGAACAGGUGGAUGCCGCCCGACGUCACCAACAGACGGGCAGCGACGAUGUCGUUGGGCCGAAAGCCCUUCACAAUCACAAGACGGCGGUCUUCGGCAUCGUUCAGAUCGCCCCGAUUGUAGCGGCAGUCGACAGCGACGCCCUGAUCCUCCGUGAUGCCCUCAGUCAGCAGAUGGUCAUAACGACGGUCGCCAUGGCCACCCCCUCUCACGACGACCCUCCUCUCGCCCACCCCCUGUUCACGGUACCACCAGGCGAGCAGCGUGUGCAGGAGGAAUGCCGAGAAUGAACGGAAGAGGUAACUGCUGCAGCGAAUGACGGGGUCGGUCCGCUUGUAGCCCCCAACGUAUGGAUGGCCGGCCGGCAGCUCACCCAACGGCAGGACACGAAACAGACCCAUGCUGGCGAUCCAGUGGUGGCCGUUGUCGGUUUGCUGCAGCUCCAGGCUGGUCCCUCUGUGUGUGAGCUGACGGCCGACCAUCUUGUAGAUGGCCAAUGCGAGAGGCAGCUGACAGAGGGCCGUUGCUGUGGGCAGUGCGUCAGCCGAUAUCUGCAGGGGCCGCGUCGUGUUGGGGGUCAGCCGGUAGAUGAAUGCCAGCCGAAGGAACCGCCCGAUUGCCCGCCACUCCUCGCCAGUGCCCUCCUCCAGCAGAUAAACGAUCUUCAGGCCGCCCUCCACAUCAUCGCCAAUGUCGAAUGCGAAGACGUCCUGCAGACCGAGACGACUAAUGGCCUUGUCGAUGUGCUGCUGGACGCUGUUGAGCAGCGUGCUGUUGAUGGUCUCCGUGGUGUGGCCCAGCAGCUCCUGUUGCCGAGUGCGGUUGGUAAUCUGCGAGCGGAGAGCGGCUCUUCUGUUGGCGUCAGUCGACAUGGCCAUGGCGGCCAUCUUGCUGACGGGCAAUGACAGGUCAAAGAGGUCGGCGGGCUGGAAGAGGGGACGGCUGGGGGGAGAAGGUGAGGGCGGUGCAGACGGGGACUGCAUCGUAACUGGCGUGAGGUGUCAGCGAAGCGUGAGAUGAGAGAUCUGCAGCCACACAACAGAGGUGUUUGCAGCAUUUCGAUGCUUCGUCAACUUCUCUUGCUGCCUUCUGACCUCCGCGAAAAAG